CCACACGCCCCUGCCCCGCCUCCCCAACCACCUCGUCGACGCUCCACUCCGCUCCCGUCCCCUCCAGCCCGCCCAGUGCUCCUCUGCCCUGUCACAGAAUCCCGCAGAUUCCCCUGAACCCGGCGAGGGCGAGCAGAGCAACCCCCGCCAUGGCCGCGGCGAUCCUCCGCCGCCUCAGCCCGGCCGCCGCCCAGCGCGCGUCCCCGCUGCUGCCGCUGGCCCGCGCGGUCUCCGACUCCACGGAGCCGCUCACCGUGGAGACCUCGGUCCCCUUCACGUCCCACAUCGUGGACCCGCCGUCGCGCGACGUGUCCACCACCCCGCGCGAGCUCGCCGCGGCCUUCCGCGACAUGGCGCUCAUGCGGCGCGCGGAGAUCGCCGCCGACUCGCUCUACAAGGCCAAGCUCAUCCGGGGCUUCUGCCACCUCUACGACGGCCAGGAGGCGGUCGCCGUGGGCAUGGAGGCCGCCAUCACCCGCCGCGACGCCAUCAUCACCGCCUACCGCGACCACUGCCUCUACCUCGCCCGCGGGGGCGACCUCGUCGCCGCCUUCGCCGAGCUCAUGGGCCGCGUCGGCGGCUGCUCCAGGGGCAAGGGCGGCUCCAUGCACUUCUACAAGAAGGACGCCAACUUCUACGGCGGGCACGGCAUCGUCGGCGCGCAGGUGCCCCUCGGCUGCGGCCUCGCCUUCGCGCAGCGGUACCGGAAGGAGGGCACCGUCACCUUCGACCUCUACGGCGACGGCGCCGCCAACCAGGGCCAGCUCUUCGAGGCGCUCAACAUGGCCGCGCUCUGGAAGCUGCCCGUCAUACUCGUCUGCGAGAACAACCACUAUGGGAUGGGGACGGCCGAGUGGAAGGCCUCCAAGAGCCCCGCGUACUACAAGCGCGGGGACUAUGUGCCCGGAUUGAAGGUUGAUGGGAUGGAUUUUCUUGCGGUGAAGCAGGCUUGUAAAUUUGCCAAAGAACAUGUUCUUGAAAAUGGACCGAUUAUUCUUGAGAUGGACACAUACAGAUACCAUGGUCAUUCUAUGUCAGAUCCAGGCAGCACUUACCGCACUAGAGAUGAGAUUGCAGGAAUAAGACAGGAGCGUGAUCCAAUUGAGCGGGUCAGAAAGCUAUUAUUGACCCAUGACUUGGCAACAGUCCAGGAGCUCAAGGACAUGGAGAAGGAAAUCAGGAAGGAAGUUGACACUGCAAUUGCCAAAGCAAAGGAAAGCCCAAUGCCAGAUACGUCCGAGCUGUUCAAGAAUGUAUAUGUCAAUGACUGCGGUCUGGAGUCUUUUGGGGUGGACAGGAAGGUGGUGAGAACCGUUCUUCCGUAGGCUGCCAAACGAGAAGCUUGGCUCUGUCAGACAGGAAGGUGGUGAGAACUGUUCUUCCGUAACCUUCUGUCACUAAAUAAGUCUGUAUAUAGAGACGCAUGAACAAUCGGACUCUGUACCGCAUUGUGCUAGUCAUUUCCCUGUCUAUUGUGGAUCUCAAUUGGGCUAUGCAGCUUAAUUUUUGGUGUCGUCUGCUUAAGGCAUUCUGUCGAUUAACAGAUCAUGCAAAGCUGAUGACCGAUGACGAAAUGAGUUACUUUGCAAGAUGCAGUUGAUUUGUACUACCUUCAUUCCAUAAUUGGAUAAUUGAAGUUCUCGAUUUGUCUCAAGUCGAACUUGUUUAA